UUACUUGAUAAUUACGCACCACUCCAAUACCCAAUAGCUACCUAAGUACUCCAUCACUUAUCAUUAACAUUUAACGUACAUUACAUCAUUUUCCAGCUAUUUAUAGAAUACUUACUAUGAAUAAAGAAGGUGUCUAACAAUGAAAAUAACCAAAAACGAUUUCCACUCCCACAAAUACAAAUUUACAGCAAUAUUUUUUAAUUCCUUCAUUACUUAUAUACCGUUCGACUGUCCCCAAUAGCGUAGCAAGUUUUAAUUUUCAAAAGAACUCGAAAAGUUAAGACUCUUUCCCUUGAUCAAAGUGUUCCUGUCGAGCCUCAGGGUGGGGAUGUGUCAAAGGCGGAGCUUCCCUGGACCAGCAACAGGUCUGUCGUGGUCCAGACGAGAUCGAUAAUCUGGAGGCUGGCACAUGCGCACUUCAAACGUUAGACAUCAUGCUGUCUUUGAUAUUGCUCUUGUUGCCAUUUCUCGGUAUUGAAUAUGGUAGCUGCGAUUUAUUGCGAGACAGUGUCCACGUCACAUCAGCAGCAGCCAGGCCCAACAAUGAGCUAUGGUGCUACAAAUGCCUUGCUGAAGUCCCUGAAGACAAAUGCGCGGAUUUACGCCAAAACAAUUCUACGCUCAUACACAAGUGCCAUAACGACCGAAGAAUGUGCAUGGUAAAACGAUUUUCCUACACGACAUCCACAGAAAACUCAACUACUGCUUUAAAAAUGUGGGCACUUGAGCGCAACUGUACAAAACAUUGCGAGCCGGGCUGCAUCGUGAUUGGGGAACGGACAAAGUUAUACGCCUGCACAUCAUGCUGUACCACGUCUCUUUGCAAUUUCGGAUCCGGCGCAGAAAAAUUAUUGAAAAGUUUUACAGCUCUUACAAUGGCACUAGGAUUAACAUUAUUAUGAUUCGGGCGAAUUUGUUUACUUUAAAUAUGUCUAGUCAAAUAUGAAAAUUAUAUUUAUUUCCGAUAAAAAUAUCGGUUGUGUUACUUGUGUAUCUUCUCAGUAAUUUUAAUUGAAUAAAAUGCAUAUCUUUUAAAAUAUGUAGAUAUAAUGAAAUUAAUAAAUUGAAUAUACCUAUGAAGACGUGACAAGCGACAAAAAUAACUCACCUUUUCCAAAUUAUCUUCUAUUAGCUUUUUCCAUAUUUUAAUAAUUAAAACUUAAUUGAAGGCAUAAAAACGUAGCUAAACGUACGAAUUCGUAACGCGGAACAAACUUCAAUAUUAAGAUAUGUAAGUAGUCAUAGUAACUCUUAAAACCUCCUAUAUUUUUCACAUAAUAGUUUACUCUUCAUUAAAACUACCAUUGCCUACUAUUUUAAUUGUAUACUUUUGUUACAAUUUAUAAAUAAGUUUAUUGAUUUAAAAUUAUUUAUGUGGAAUUAUCCAAAAAUAAGUACUUCUUUAUGUUUGAUUAAGUACUUCGUAAAUAAUAGAAUUUCAAUAAAUUAUCGAUUCCUGUUUUUACUUAUAGUUAUUGGACUGUGUAUAUUUAAAACAAAAUAAAUUACG